UCUCAACAUGGACAUCAGCUGGGCCUGCAGCACUUUGAGUCUGCUGUUACCUGUUAUAGGAGCAGCCCUGGGCGCCGGCGACGACGGCUGGUUCAUGAACGUGCAGGCGGAGGUGCGCGCCAUCGAGGGCUACCCGGUGGUGCUGCCCUGCACCUUCAGCCACCCGCAGCACUCCCAGCAUUCCUCGCUGCAGGUGGGACGUUGGACGGCUGAAACUCCGGCCGGGGCGCCACGCCUGUUUUGCCCCGGCGCGAGCUCGGGGAAGCACCAGGACCAGCGGUACCGGCUGGAGGGGAACCCAACGGAGCACGACCUGUCGCUGAGGAUCAACAGCGCCGACCUGCAGGACAGCGGGCGCUACUACUGCCGCGUGGAGGUCCAGGGGCGCGAACACGUCAGCUUCGAGGACAAGCUGGGGACCCGGCUGAGGGUGGAGGCUCCUCCGAAGAUCCUGUCUCUGUCCGUGGAGGGCAGCGAGCACUCGGGCUACCGGGCGCUGUGCCGGGUCCAGGGCUCGCCGCUGCCGGACGUCCAGUGGCUGGGCCCGGACGACCUGCUGGAGGGUUCUGCUGUGGUCCCGAUGGCUCAGGGGGGCGCGGGGGCCCACUACCACACGGUCAGCCAGCUGGGAGACGUGGAGCCGGGCGGCCAGUACACCUGCAGCGCCUCCAACCCGCUGGGCAAGGAGCUCGCCACGCUGUACGUGGUGUCGCCGCGGGCGCCGCUGCACGCCGCCGGGGCCUCCGCUCCUCUGCUGGUCCUCGUGGCGGUGGCUCUCGGGGCAAAGGUCGUCCUGCUGGGGGGGCUCGGGGUCUGGAUGGUGCAGGGGGGGGCUCUGCGGGGACUCGGCUGCUGCUGGAAGUAA